CCUGCUGUCAGUCGGUGUUAAGCAGCAGGCUCAGCGCUGGAUUCCCCCAGAAAGAGACGCCCGGUCCAGACGGCGCAGCGGAAGGGAGGCGAGGGAGCCAGCUAAAGAGAGCGGAGCGGGGGAAAAAUCAAAUCUAUGCUUGGAGCUGGGCUUCUUUUUCGCCAAUGCAAAAGGGAAUAUGCAGCACAUUUUUGCCUUCUUCUGCACCAGUUUCCUAGGGGCGGUGUUAGGGGCCAAUUUCCCCAACAAUAUCCAGAUAGGGGGGUUAUUUCCUAAUCAGCAGUCCCAGGAACAUGCRGCUUUUCGGUUUGCCUUGUCUCAGCUCACAGAACCCCCCAAGCUCCUUCCCCAGAUUGACAUUGUGAACAUCAGCGACAGCUUUGAGAUGACCUACACCUUCUGCUCGCAGUUCUCCAAGGGCGUCUAUGCCAUCUUUGGAUUUUAUGAGAGGCGGACUGUCAACAUGCUCACCUCCUUCUGUGGGGCUCUUCACGUCUGCUUCAUAACGCCCAGCUUCCCCGUCGAAACGUCCAACCAGUUUGUUCUUCAGCUUCGCCCAGAGCUCCAGGAUGCUCUCAUCAAUGUCAUUGAACACUACAGCUGGCAGAAGUUCGUGUACAUUUAUGAUGCUGACCGGGGGCUGUCAGUCUUACAGAAAGUCCUGGACACUGCGGCUGAGAAGAACUGGCAGGUGACAGCUGUGAACAUCCUGACGACAACAGAGGAGGGCUACCGCAUGCUUUUCCAGGAGCUGGAGAAGAAGAAGGAAAGGCUGGUGGUGGUGGACUGUGAAUCUGAGCGGCUGAAUGCCAUCCUUGGCAAGAUCAUCAAGCUUGAAAAAAAUGGGAAUGGAUACCACUACAUUCUGGCAAAUAUGGGAUUCAUGGAUAUUGACCUGACGAAAUUCCGGGAGAGCGGAGCCAAUGUCACUGGCUUCCAGUUGGUCAAUUACACAGACACUGUCCCAGCAAGGAUCAUGCAGCAGUGGAAGAAUAACGAUGCCAGGGAACAUCCUCGUGUGGACUGGAAGAGGCCAAAGUAUACAUCUGCUCUCACGUACGAUGGGGUUCGGGUGAUGGCGGAGGCCUUUCAGAACCUGCGGAGGCAGCGGAUCGACAUCUCCCGCCGCGGAAACGCCGGGGAUUGUCUGGCCAACCCAGCUGUCCCCUGGGGCCAAGGCAUCGACAUUCAGAGGGCACUGCAGCAGGUCCAUUUUGAAGGAUUAUCUGGAAACGUUCAGUUUAAUGAGAAGGGCCGGAGGACCAACUACACCCUGCAAGUGAUUGAAAUGAAACAUGAUGGAAUCAGAAAGGUUGGUUACUGGAACGAAGAUGAGAAGUUAGUUCCAGUGGCCACGGAUACUCAAAGUGGCAAUGAGUCCACGAGUCUUCAGAACAGGACUUACAUAGUCACAACGAUCCUAGAAGACCCAUACGUGAUGCUCAAGAAGAAUGCCAACCAGUUUGAAGGCAAUGAGAGAUAUGAAGGCUACUGUGUGGAGCUCGCUGCAGAGAUCGCCAAGCAUGUUGGCUACCACUACAGGCUGGAGAUUGUCAGAGAUGGGAAGUAUGGAGCCCGGGAUCCAGACACUAAAACAUGGAACGGCAUGGUGGGAGAACUGGUUUAUGGGAGGGCUGAUGUUGCAGUGGCACCAUUAACCAUCACUCUGGUUCGAGAAGAGGUUAUAGACUUUUCCAAACCGUUUAUGAGCCUAGGUAUCUCUAUCAUGAUAAAAAAACCUCAGAAGUCCAAACCAGGAGUUUUUUCCUUUCUGGAUCCUUUGGCUUAUGAGAUCUGGAUGUGCAUUGUUUUCGCCUACAUUGGAGUAAGCGUUGUCCUCUUCCUGGUCAGUCGCUUCAGCCCCUAUGAGUGGCACACUGAGGAGUUCGAGGAAGGACGGGACCAGCCAGCCAAUGACCAGACAAAUGAAUUUGGGAUAUUCAACAGUCUCUGGUUUUCCCUAGGAGCUUUCAUGCAGCAAGGAUGUGAUAUUUCUCCAAGGUCUCUCUCUGGCCGCAUAGUUGGUGGCGUCUGGUGGUUCUUCACCUUGAUCAUCAUAUCCUCCUACACAGCUAACCUGGCUGCCUUCCUGACGGUGGAGAGGAUGGUUUCUCCCAUCGAAAGUGCAGAGGACUUGGCCAAGCAGACAGAAAUCGCCUACGGGACCCUGGAAGCUGGCUCCACUAAAGAAUUUUUUAGGCGAUCCAAAAUAGCAGUGUUUGAGAAGAUGUGGACAUACAUGAAGUCAGCCGAACCCUCUGUUUUUGUGAGGACUACAGAAGAGGGGAUGAUUCGGGUGAGAAAGUCGAAAGGGAAGUAUGCCUACCUCUUGGAGUCCACGAUGAACGAGUACAUCGAGCAGCGCAAGCCUUGUGACACCAUGAAGGUGGGAGGUAACUUGGACUCCAAAGGCUAUGGCAUUGCAACGCCAAAGGGGUCUGCACUGAGAAACCCAGUAAACCUGGCAGUGUUAAAACUGAACGAGCAGGGGCUUUUGGACAAAUUGAAAAACAAAUGGUGGUACGACAAGGGCGAGUGCGGCAGCGGGGGAGGUGAUUCCAAGGACAAGACGAGCGCUCUGAGUCUCAGCAAUGUGGCAGGGGUUUUCUAUAUCCUCAUCGGUGGGCUCGGACUAGCCAUGCUGGUUGCCUUAAUCGAGUUUUGUUACAAGUCCAGAAGUGAAUCAAAGCGGAUGAAGGGUUUUUGUUUAAUCCCACAGCAAUCAAUCAACGAAGCCAUACGGACAUCAACCCUUCCCAGGCCGGCUGCAGCGGGAGGCAGCGGAGAGAACGGACGUGUGGUCAGCCACGAUUUCCACAAAUCCAUGCAGACGCUUCCGUGCAUGAGCCACAGCACCGGCAUGUCCCUGGGAGCAACGGGAUUAUAAUUGGCCUUUUGACCCAUUGCCUGGGUGAGAGCAGGGGCAGCCCAACUCCACCCCCUCCAGAGCCAAAAACAAACCCAACACCAACAAGACAAAUGACGAUGACAGAAGGGACAAUUGGAUGGAUCUUCUUAAGGAAAUCAAAUCUAUUUCCCUUUUUAUUUUGCAAACAGAUCCACCGGCAGGAGAACAGCAACAGCUCUGUACUGCAAUAAGGAGAACGUAAUGGGAUUUAACAGACUCAUGAACCGUCCCUGACUGGAGAACCACGGGAACACUAAUGAGGACUAUGCCAUUUUGUUUUAACUUGGUUGUUAAUAAGUCUUAGUGUGUGCAAUAUAUAUWUUUUUUCUUACUAAUUCCUGUGGUGUCAGGGUAACAUCAGCCCUUUCCCCUUUCCCUGCUCAGCCCUUUAAUCUGGUUUAGUUUGGGAUGCAAACCAUAAUGUCUGAGCUACUAACAGCAAAAAGAAAAUCUGAUAAAUUGAGAGCGGAACUCCCUGCAGGGUAUCAGCACUGACCCCUUUUGUCCAUCGUGGUUCUGCCUUCAGUUCUUCUGUGAACUCAGAUGCAGAAUUAUUGCAACAAGGCAGAAAGAGCUGAGAACAGCUCUCCCUGCAAAAGGAGGGACUUGAUGCAAAAAAAGAGCCUGAACAGAAACAUGAGGCUAUUUUAUAGGGGCAAAGUCAAGAGUGAGUUUGGAAAUCCCAGGUAACCUGAAGACAGAGUGAUAAUUCUUCCAGAGAUGAUGAGUGGCCAUUCAGGAGAAGACUCGUGUCAUGGAGAGCUUCAUCCAUGACAAACUAGAGUAGAUGGUUGGUUAAGAUCGUUACAGGCUGCUGUUUAUGGAAAAGAGAAGGUAAAUGCAGCAUUCCCAUCACAAGAAACUCUCCUGCCUGGGUCACUGGGAGCCAAUAAGCAAUUGUGAAUCAUUUCUUCAUUGCUUAGCUUUGUGUGUGCUCCCAUUUUGAUGGUCACAUGAGGGAACCACCUCAAGCUGGGAACAGACCAUCUCAAGAGCAUCCACUUCUAGAUGGCUGCCUAUUAACCAGUUAAACAUGCUAGAAGUCAUGGGGCUGCAAUGGGAAUAUCCCUGCCUUUUUGCUCUGAAAACCUUCUUUGCCCAUUUUUUCUAAUUAAAAGGGACGUUUUGUAGAUAUUUGGCCAAGACGGCUUCCUGGAAAGAACCACAAGGAAAUCCAAGGAGGGCUUGAUUCAAGCAUCCAUGUCAAUAGCAUUGGAGCUGAUCAGGCUUGGCUCCCCAGUCAAAAAUGUGGCCUGUACUUUGGGUACAAAGCCAAAAGUAGCAGAUUCUCGCUCAUGUUUCUGCAGGGAGGGGGAAGCAGUCACACACCAGAAAAGCAGAUUGUUGAUCCUAAACUCAGCAUUGCAAAAACCUGCGUGGCUGGAUGGGCAGCUGGGAAUCCAGGUGCAGGCGUGGAGAUCAGAGGGGCGAGGAUGGUGUUCUGGGACCACCCAAAAGGUUCGUUCUGUGAAUCAUUGACAGGACAGAUGAGUGUUUCCCAGUGGGCGUGAGGCACCUCCCCAGCAGUGACGGGGUCCCAGGACAGCACCUGAAGUCAGAAGAUCCAUGGGGCAGGGACUGCAGCUGACCUGCUCUCCACUGUCCCAUCUCACAGGUCCAUUGCUGGUGGCAAAUAAAGUCUGAAGCUUCUCACAA